AUGUCUAUUGCUCCGAUAGCGAGCUGUAGUGGGAUGUCACGUCUUCUAUCUAACGUGCUUUCGCCUCUAACCGCUUCCAGAUGCAAUGCUUCCGGCCGCUGGUGGCCUCAGCCAGAGUUAGUUUUUUUUCGCUCAAUAUUUUUUAUUUGCUUUGAUAUUAAUUUCUCAUCCGUCUGUGCUUCAAAUUUUAUCAAAAAGAUCUUUUUUGCAUUCAUUUUUUUUUCAAAGUGUGAUUAGUAACCGAUAUGAAAAAUAGGUACGUGAGUAAAAAGUCUUCAUCAAAGCAUUAGAAAAGAAAAUAGUUCUAUUUUAUAUCACAAGAUUUUUUUUUUGAUAGUUCGAAGACAUCGAUAAUUUUGAACUUCUAAAGGUCGAAGAUUCUCUCACGUACCUGUUUUCAGAACGAAGAGAAGGUUAUCCACAAAACCUCCAAAUCGGAGAAGCUCCCAAGGCGAAACUAAUCCGAACGCCGUACAGGACUUCCAAAGAGAUGAUGUCAUCGUUACACCAAGAAGUCAAAUCCGUCUCUCGGCAAAAGAAGCGGCCCCUGCCUAUUACACACCAAGAAAGGCGGGAAAUGGAUUUGCUCUAGAAAAGUACAAAGACGGAGAAAUGGUGGCCAACUACACACUUUACGAAGCUGCGAUCAACAAGUGCAAGGUCCCUUGGAACGACUACAACGGCUUGACGAGCCAGGAAAGGACCAUCUACCUGGCUCAUCUGAAGGCGAUCAACGAGAGGAAGCUGAGUUACCUGGACCCGAUGACCGGCUACGUAGUCUUCACCACUUCGCACCAUUUGUACCGCGGCAAGUGCUGUGGCAACGGAUGCCGUCAUUGUCCUUAUCAAAUGGAAAAUGCGACGCCGGAGAUCCGGAAGUCAAAAGUUUGGAAUGGCGCUUACUAUGUUUGAUUUGCUCCCGACAAGGCAUAUAUGGAAAGAGAAUUUUCUCAUUUCAGUUUGUGGACGCUAUCAUUUUCUUAGUCGUGACUGUAUCGCUUAGAAAGUUUCGUAGAGAAUUUCCUUCUAAGAUUAACGUUUUGAGUUUUCCGAAAAUUUGCCCAAGCAUAUUUGGAAGCUAUAGAUAAAGGAAUAGAUGAAGAUUUAACCUGCACAAGCUUCUAUUCUCGCACACAUACAAUUUUAUAGUUUGUUUUCAGUUUUAGACCGAAGCUCAAUUUGAUUUUCCGCAAAUUCCUUUUCCGAACUUUCAGAUUUCGUUUCAGAAGAUUGACAAUUGUAGUUGUCCAAAUCUUUCAUUUUAUUUUGUUUAUUUGUUCUCCUGUGAUUUUUCCGUUGCUCUUUUCUAUAGAUAGAGUUAUUCGAAUAAAAUUCUCGUUUCAAACUCUCUGUAAAUCCAACUGUGGUCGCAAAAGCAAUGAGAAAGGGACCUUUUUUGAGGUAUGAACUUUCGAAGCAUCGGACGCGACCCCCGACAAUGGGAGUGCACAGACGGACGCGUCUGAAUGUCGUCGACAACUCGGCGCUCGGCAAGGAGGCCGACGCCGCCGGAAAACUCGCCUACUGUAUCCACGUCUACAAGCAGGGCCUCCGCUCACGUCACAUGCCGCAUGCGGUUUUGGGCGACAAGGUAUGUCAAAAUAUCAUAUGCCCCAGAAAAUGUCCCGCCGGAUUCAGAUUAUGACAGUUUUCUGCAACAUUUUGCGAAAUUCUCCUUAUAAUUUCAUGGCUUCUUGUCUGUAGAAGCUGUAGAAACUUUAAAAAUAAUUCUCCAACAAACUUCUUGAACCAAAAAAAAAAGAAAUUAUUUUUGAAGAUUCUUGUGGCGAUUCGUGGCCAAAUGCGCAAGGCCUAUGUUGUUGGCGCCAACACCCACGUGAACUACAGGAAACACGGCGUUCCGAACACAGACACCAACAAUAUCGUCCUUCUCGACGAAGAAGGUUUUCACAAACGUCCUCAGCCAUAUGACUUCCAGAACGUUCAGGAAAUCCUCUCGGCAACCGCGUCACGUCUCCCAUUCCCACCAGGCUCCUCGGCAAACGUGACAACGCCCAAUUCGCUAAAGUUCUCGCGCUUGCGAACAAGUUCAUCUAG